AGUGGCCAAGCAUCAAAACCCAGUUUUGAGUAACAUUAAUGUCAAAACCCUGAAAUCAAAUUGUGCACAAAAAUAUACGGUUUCUGCUUCAAUCUGAAUUGUGAGGAUCGGGUUUGCCAGCAUCCUGCAAUUGGUUUUAGCGGUGACUUAAUAGCCACACUUGUAGCUUGACGAUGCCAUGGUGCUCUUAAUCUCUUGAGUUGAGCGAGUGUUUACACUUCGCAGCUUACAGUCUGAUGGCUGUACAAUUAUCUUGUGUCUGGAUCAACGGUCCUGCUUCGCCAUUCACGGGCGGUCGUUACCUUCACUGCCGGAGAAGCUCCUCUCCCUCAGCUCUCUCUGCGGCUGUGUGUGCUUCUUUUCCUUCGUCUUCUAUCCAGAUUGUUGGUGGAAAAACAAAUGGAGUUCUUUUAAAUGAGAGCGCAAAAUUUUGCUCUACUUCAGAGGGAUGCCAAAAAAAGUAUGAUUGGAAUGAUAUGGAGACCGAACUCUAUUACUGGACAAAGCAAUUAAGACCAGUUCAGUGGUAUCCUGGUCAUAUUGCAAGAACUGAGAAAGAGCUCAAGGAACAGCUGAAACUGAUGGAUGUUGUUAUAGAGGUUCGAGAUGCAAGAAUUCCAUUGUCAACAAGCCAUCCACAGAUGGAUUCAUGGGUCGCUAAUAAAAAGCGCAUUUUAGUUCUCAACCGGGAGGACAUGGUAUCCAAGGCUGAUCGGAAUGCUUGGGCUGCUUAUUUCACAAGUCAAGGAAUAAAAGUCGUGUUCUCCAACGGUCAACUUGGAGUGGGCACCAUGAAACUAUGUCGCCUAGCAAAAACAUUAGCUGAUAGUGUGAACCUAAAGCGCCGGGCGAAAGGGUUACUUCCCCGUCCAGUUCGGGCAGGAAUCGUGGGGUAUCCAAAUGUUGGUAAAUCAUCUUUAAUCAAUCGUUUACUGAAGCGCAGGAUGUGUCCUGCAGCUCCAAGACCUGGUGUUACUCGAGAACUUAAGUGGGUCCGUUUUGGGAAAGAUCUAGAGUUACUGGAUUCUCCUGGGAUAAUUCCAAUGAGAAUUACUGACCAUACAUCGGCAAUAAAGCUUGCCAUAUGCGAUGAUAUUGGGGAACGAUCCUAUGAUGUAGUAGAUGUUGCUGCUAUUCUAGUACAAAUGUUGUCAAGCCAUCCUACUUUAGGUAACAAAGUUAGUGACCGCUACAAAAUGGAGAUUGAUGGUCACUGUGGUAAACUAUUCGUGCAGGAACUUGCGGUUCAAUUAUUCAAUGGAGACAAGCACCAAGCCUCAUUCCGUAUAUUGUCAGAUUUCAGAAAGGGGAAGUUCGGGUGGGUAUCCCUAGAGAGACCACCACGGUAGGAAUGUGAUGGUGCCUUAGUUCAAUGCUAAAAUGUGAUGGUAUCCCUAAAGGUACCCAUUUUGGGGUACCCCAUUUUACCCCCAAUGUGUGGCCACAAAUGGGGCAACACAUUUAAGUGGGACAACACUUUUAUGUGUGGUAAAAAUGGGGUAUCCAAAAUGGGGUACCUUUAGCAUUUCUCUAAUUUAUAAUCCAUAAUUUUUUGUAUAUAAGUAAUAGAACCUAUUUUGUACGGCAAGAUUUUGCAAGAGGGUUGGUUUAUGUAGAUUGUAGACUACCAACGGGUGAAGAUUUGCUAGUUUUAUGUCUUAAAAAUGUUUUCUUGUAGACUAGUAUAUUUAUGCUACAUAUAUUUAGCGUAAAAAUUGACACGUG